AUACGCUCACACCCAACUACGGAAGAAUUGCAAUUCCAUUUCUCUUUCUUUCUCUUUUUAUUUCUCUCUGUCAUCUCUCUCUAUUUCUCUCUCUUUUCUCAGCUCCGCCAGUGCGAUUUGAUUAGUCAUUUUCGCCUUAACGAAAAUAUCUCUCCUGUUUGUGGAUUCAUGUCGGAGAAGGGUCGACCAUUGCCAAAGUUUGGUGAAUGGGACGUUAAUGACCCAGCUUCUGCAGAAGGAUUUACUGUGAUUUUCAACAAGGCCAGGGAUGAGAAAAAAACUGGCGGAAAGCCUGAGUCACCAUCAAAGGCAGAUGCUGCAGCUAAACAAGGAGUGGAUCCAGUGAAACCUCAGGGUAAAAAAUGGUUUUGCUGCAUGCAAAGCCCACAUGCAGAAUCUUGACGAGAUUGAUCCCUGUAUCAGCUAAAUAGAGGCGUCAUGUGCAUAAUCAAUCCCACAUUUUAUCUCCCUCUACAUAGGAGUUGCAGGGUGGUAGCAGUCACUGCUAGAGUCCAUUUUCUGUGCUGCAAACUUUGUUGGUGUAGGGGAAAAGAAGAUCAAAUACACUGAAUUCUCAAUAUAUCUAUAUGUUAUAUCUUGUUGGAUUAUUGUUGGGAGUUAGGUUUUCUGUUAACUUUAGUUUCUUUAUUAUGUGGUUUGUAGAGCUGUUGUUGAUCAUCGAUCGUUUUUCUUAACAUUCACCAUUUUAUUACUUGCUGGGUCUUUUUGCGCUGUUUGUAUUGUGGGAUGUGGUGAGCUUUAAGCAAUAUGCUGUAUAUGAACCUUUUACGAAACAGACUCUUGUACUCUUCGUUUUC